AAAAUGACGAGUUAAACUGUCGCUUUGUAGUUUGUUAUGGAUAGCUAGGUGGCGAUUGGUCAGUAAUGUAGAAAGUGAACAGUAUAUAUUGCCUAUUUAUUUUGAGAACAGUUGCUCAGUGUUUGAACAUUAGGCUACAUGCUACGCUAAACUAGCUCAGUAACGCUUUCGUCAUAUUUGAAGUCACGGAAGCUGAAAAUGGCCAAUCAAUACUGCAUUGCCAUUUCUGAGUUGCACCCGAACUUCUCUCACCCAAAGAUUGUUGGCAUCAUCAUUGGGAAAAGUGACGUUAAAUGCUUCUCUGACAGAAGAAAUGCUGGUGCGGAGAGAUUCACUUUCAGCUUCACCAUCAAGGAUUCCCCCGACUUCUUCAUUAAUGUGACGGCCUGGGGAAAUGAAGGCUUCGUCAGCAGGCUCUCAAACAGCUUUGGGAUCGGAGACUGUGUGACAAUUGAGAACCCUCUUGUUUCCAGCAAAGACCCAGUGAAAGGAGACACAUUCUGUCCCUCCACACCAAGUCUGUAUAGGUUGAUGGUGGAUGAGUCCCAUUGUCAAGUCCAUUUGUGUGAAGACAUGGACACAGUCGACCGGCUGCUGCCACUCAUCCACCUUCCAGUCAAGGACCCCAGAGACUUCUAUUCUUUGGGAGACAUAGAGGCCAACGGGCGGAGCCUUGAUGGAAUGCUGAUUAAUAUACUGGCUGCAGUGAAAUCAGUUGGGGAGCUAAGACAGUUCACCACCUCGGACGGACGCCAAGGUCAGAGGCUGGAGUUGAAGCUGUUUGACGAUCUGGUCCCGUCUUUCCCUCUUGUCUGCUGGGACAGAGAACCUAUUCAGCUCGUACACAGUCAGAUAUCCAAAGGGACGGUGCUCUUCAUCGCCGAUGCAAAGAUCAGCUUCGACAGUUUUCGCAAAGGCAUGACUGCAACCGUCAACUCUAAAACCAUCAUCACUGUCAAUCCUGACACCAGAGAGGCCAGUCUAUUGUUUGGCUUUGCGAAGAAGGCUGCUGACUCUGGUGCCCUUGAGCAAGAUCAAACGCCUGAAGAUAUGACUGUGGAGUCAAUCACUGACGUCUACACCGUGAAUCAACUGAAGCAGAGGGCUAAAGACACAGAGGUUUUCUUUGGCAUCACGUACAGCUUCAUUACCAGGCUGGAUCUGGAUUCUCCUCUGUCCAGAGUCAUCAGGACACGGUGUGCCAGGUGCAAGACUCUGGUGAAUGAUGACGUGCAGAGCUGCUUCAACCAGCUGUGUCCAGGGAGAGGUCAGGUCUUCUCCUCCACUACAGGUUUUGACCUCCUGGUUGAUGUCACCGACCACACUGGGACACUGAGCGCCUGCACCCUCAGAAGUCCAGAAGCUGAGAAGACUCUUGGAUGCACAAAAGACGAAUUCACCAGCCUGACUGAUGAUGAGCGGACAGUGAUGAAGUGGACCUUUCUUUUGGAGAGAUGCAAAAUAUACAUGAAGGUUGUUCCCACCACUAAGCUGAAGAGUGGGGUCAGAGGAGUGAUCCUGGAUUGCAGCCUUGCAGACCCAGGGGAGGUGAAAUAUCACAUGACUGCUCUACUGCAGCAAGACUGAGACCUGCACUGGAAUGGAAAGUUUCUCUGUUGUUCUCAUCACUGUUCAAUGCACAGUCUCUGUUGGUUUUCAGGACAGUUGUGUUUAACAAUGACGUUUGGCGUCAUUUCUUUAUGUUAAAAUAUGUGGGGGUCUUUAUCUUUUCAGUGAACAGAAUGACCAACUUGCAAAA